ACCUACUCCAGCCGCCGCUGCCGUCGCCGGGCAGUGCCGGUGGCGUCCUGAGGGCAUCAGGACGUUGAGGAGGACUUCUACCUCGACUACAUCACCUCUGCAUCAAGCCUGCACCAAGCAGGCGAUCAUGUCCACUGCCGUGACACCUUCCGCUCCAUUCCGGUCCGACACGAUCGAACCACUUACGGGGAGUAACUUCCCUCGUUGGAAGUCCCAAGUCGAAUUAUGUUUGGGUUGUAAUGAAUUUGACUAUGCCUUGAGGGAAGAAAAACCUGUGGCACCUGUGGCGGGUGUCACAGGGUAUGCAGAACUCAAGAAGGAGUAUGAUGUUAAGAUGGAAAAGUGGAAUAAGUCCAACCAUAUUGCGCUUCUCAUCAUGAAAGCGACAAUAUCGCCGGACAUUUCUGAAGCACUCCCUAAGAAAGAUACUGCUAAAGAUUUCCUCACUGAAAUGAAGGAGCAAUUUAAAGGCUCCGACAAAGUGUAUGCUCAUGAGCUUUUUGCUAAACUUCUUCAGAAAUACACUAUUGACGGAAAUGUUAGGAAGCACAUAUUGAGGGUGGUAAAUGCUUUCACCAAGCUUAAGGCUUUGGAGUGUUCUUUAAGUGAAGCCCUUCUUGUCAUAAUUAUUCUUGAGUCUCUUCCUGAAGAGUUUGAACAAUUUAAGGUCAACUAUAACUCUCUAAAGGAAAAAUGGCCACUCUCUGAGAUGACCGCAAGGAUCGUCCAGGAGGAAGAAAGGAUCAUGAGGCAGAAAAAAGACCAUGUCUUUCAUGUUGGCUCUAACAAGAGAAAGCAUGACGGACAAGGUUUCCCUAAGCCUCAGAAAAGGCAAGUCAAGAAAGAAGGCACUAAGCCAUUCAACCCUAAGGCAUUCAAGGGUAAAGAAGCCGGUGGUUCUUCUUCUGCUCCUAGCAGCUCCACUGCUGGAGAAAAUGCUUGUAACUUCUGCAAAGAAGAGGGACACUAUCAAAGGGACUGCCCAGCUUUCUAA